AUGUCCGAGAUACGGGAGCCGCCGGCCUGUAAAGUUUGUGCUCGGAGCUUGGCCGUCAUGCUUUCCUCUCGGUGGAUCCCCGCCUUCGGGGGAGAAAACUUGUCAUCCCACGGGCCUCGGACGCCCACGUGGUGGAAUGCGAUCGUCUUAGACGUCCAUCGGAGUGGGGUCCCGACGCCGCGGCCCACCGGUGUGCUCCCGGAGGCGACUCUGCUCAUCCGGGAAGUGGCGAAAUCGCAGACAAUCGUCAUCGCUGAUGCCAAUGAUCAUACGGGGACGUUUUUGCUUGAAGGGCUGGAGCCGGACACGCCGUACACCUACAUCACGAAUGCCAGUCAUGCCGGAUCUUUCAGGACUGCAGCCGUCUUACCGAAGCGAUGGAGUCUCAUCUCCACAAGCUGCAUCAAGCCUUUCUACCCCUACAGCCCCUUGGAUCAUGGCUUGCGCAUCAAAGGACUGGAAUACUUGGACCAGCAUGUCUCGGCGAACCAGCCAGACAUGAUGCUCUUCCUGGGCGACUUCAUCUACAUCGACCUUCCGGUGGCCCUCGGCUGGACGCCAGAUCACUACACCACGGCAUACCGCCAAGUCUAUGCCUCGCCCAGCUGGUCACCCGCGCUGCGCUCCGUGCCGUGGCUGCACGUCUACGACGACCAUGAGAUCAUCAACGACUGGGCGGCGAACGAGACAGGUCUCUACCAGUCCGCCAUGAGGCCAUAUUGGUCUUAUCAAGGACACGCAAACCCUCCCUCGCAGUAUGGCAUCGGCAAAACGCACUACACCUUCCGCCGUGGCGACGUUUCGUUUUUCGUCCUAGACACGCGGCGCUAUCGAUCGGCUGAAAACAUGGCGGACGGGCCUGAAAAGACGAUGCUUGGCGCGGCGCAGCUAGCGGACCUGCGAGAGUGGCUUGAAACAGAAAAAUCGUGGAAAGUCGUGGUCAGCAGCGUCCCGUUCACGCGAAAUUGGAGGGGUCCCGAUUCGGCCGAUAGCUGGUCGGGAUAUCUGUGGGAGAGAGACAUGAUCUUGGAGAUGAUGAGACAAACGGACGGAGUUAUCAUCUUGAGUGGGGACAAGCAUGAGCACGCGACGACGAUCUUUCCGCCCACUAGCGACAAGGGUGGUAAGUCCGUGAUUGAAUUUUCCACCUCGCCCUUGAACCAGUUCUAUGAACCCUUCGAUCGGUUCCAUAGACAGAUUGAGGACACGGACGUCUCUGUGUAUUCGCACCCGUGGGGAAAUUCAAAGUUUGGUCGGGUGUCGUUUGACACGUCGGAGGAGGGCCGAUGGACGGUAGACUGUGAGCUUAUCGUUGACGGGCGUCAAGUGUGGAACUACACGUGGGAGUUCACCAGGUGA